AUGGGCUUUCCUGUUAGCAGAGCCCAGCUUGAAAUCCGACUGGGAAUAGGAAGCAAAUACAGAAACACUUCUGCUACAAUUUCAGCCAAAUUGAACAUCAUCCCACCAAUGCUGACAAAUCCAAUAAUAACAUCUUCCAAUCCUGCUCACAACGGUCGCGUGUGCAGCACAUGGGGCAACUUCCACUUCAAGACCUUUGAUGGAGACAUAUUCUCCUUCCCUGGGCUCUGCAAUUAUGUUUUUGCAUCCCAAUGCAACACUCCCUAUGAGGAUUUCAACAUCCAGUUCAGGCGCACUAUGGUGGGAAAUGCUCCAACCAUCAACCGCAUCACCAUGAAACUUGAAGGUGUAGCUGCUGAACUAACAAAGGAUGUUGUCAUUAUCAACAGCAACAGAGUUCAGCUGCCAUACAGCCAAUCUGGAAUUACAAUAGAGAAAAGCAGCGUUUAUGUGAAAGUUGCUAGCAAAAUGGGCAUUCUGUUAAUGUGGAAUGAGGAUGACAGUAUCCUGCUAGAAUUGAGUGAGAAAUAUGCCAAUCAGACAUGUGGACUUUGUGGGGACUUCAAUGGCCUUCCAGUUUACAAUGAGUUCUAUUCAAACAAUAUUAAAAUGACAGCCUUGCAGUUUGCAAAUAUGCAGAAAAUGGAUGGGCCAACAGAACACUGUGAAGAUGCCACUGCUACCCCACCACCUACUUGCACUAAUAAUUUUGAUGACAUAUGCCAGAAAACACUGACCAGCUCUGCAUUUGCGGAGUGUAAUGAUCUAGUUGAUGUUAGAGAGUACAUUGUGGCUUGCCAAGAUGACUUGUGCCGCUCUAAAGAAACUAAAAAUGCCUCCUGUAUCUGUGACACCUUUGCUGAAUACUCCCGGCAGUGUGCUCAUGCUGGUGGGCAUCCUCUGAACUGGAGAACCUCAAAACUGUGCCCCAAGAAGUGUCCUUACAACAUGGAGUACCAGGAGUGCAGCUCCCCCUGUGCCGACACAUGCACCAACCCUGAACGGUCACAGUUUUGUGAAGAACACUGUAUGGAUGGUUGUUUCUGCCCUCCAGGGACUGUAUUUGAUGACAUCAACAAUUCUGGCUGCAUUCCCCAACAGCAGUGCUCCUGUGUUUACAACGGCAACACCUAUGCCACAGGAACUUCUUUUUCAGAGCAGUGCCAUUCUUGUACCUGUAAUGGAGGCCAAUGGAGCUGUGAAGACAUAUCAUGCCCAGGAACAUGUUCAGUAGAGGGAGGUUCACACAUUACCACAUAUGAUAAAAAAAAUUACAAUCACCAUGGAGAUUGCACUUACGUCCUUUCUAAGCACUGUAAAGAUGAAUCAUUCACCAUUCUGGUAGAACUGCGCAAAUGUGGCCUAACAGACACGGAGACAUGCUUAAACACAGUGACCCUCAACCUGAAUAAAGGACAAACUCUCAUCGAGGUCAAACGGGAUGGUGGUGUGUUUGUGAACUCGAUCUACACUCAGCUACCCAUCUCAGCAGCUAAUGUCACCGUGUUCAGACCUUCAACAUUCUUCGUCAUGAUGCAAACAAAAUUUGGUGUCCACCUUGAAAUCCAAAUCACACCCAUCAUGCAAGUGUUUGUGCGACUGGAUCCUGCUUUUAAAGACCAGACCUGUGGUCUCUGUGGAAAUUUCAAUAAUAUCCAAACUGACGACUUUAUGGCCAUAAAUGGAAUAAUUGAAGGAACAGCAACAGCAUUUGCUAAUACGUGGAAGACUCAAGCUUCAUGCCCUAAUAUCCAGCACAGUUUUGAGAACCCUUGUGCACUCAGCAUUGAAAAUGAAAAAUAUGCUCAGCAUUGGUGUGGGCUACUAACUGACAGCAAAGGACCUUUUGCUGAUUGUCACUAUGCAGUGAAUCCCUCUGUUUACCACACGAACUGCAUGUUUGACACAUGUAACUGUGAAAAUAGUGAAGACUGCCUGUGUGCAGCCCUGUCUUCCUAUGUGAGAGCUUGUGCUGCAAAAGGAAUCCAGCUGCCUGGAUGGAGAACUGAUGUCUGCUCAAAAUACACCACCUCAUGUCCCAAAUCCCUAAGCUACACCUACACUAUCUCUUCCUGUCAACCCACUUGUCGGUCUCUGAGUGAGCCUGAUGUCACAUGCAACAUCAAGUUUGUCCCAGUGGAUGGCUGCACCUGCGUAAAUGGAACUUACCUGGAUGAGAGUGGCAAAUGUGUGCCUGCUACUGAGUGCCCCUGCUACUACAGAGGAUCUCCCAUACCAUAUGGAGAAGUCGUCCAUGAAAAUGGGCUUGUAUGCACUUGCACCCAGGGAAGACUCAAUUGCAUUGGAGCACCCAUCUGUGAAUCUCCCAUGGUCUACUUCAACUGUAGAAACACCACCGCAGGAACAACUGGAGCAGAAUGUCAAAAAAGUUGCCAGACUCUGGAUAUGCAGUGUUAUAGCACACAAUGUGUAUCUGGCUGCGUGUGCCCAGCUGGGCUUGUGUUAGAUGGGAAUGGUGGGUGUAUUCCUGAAGAGCAGUGUCCAUGUAUUCACAAUGAAGCUAUGUAUCAGCCUGGGGAAAAGAUCAACGUUGACUGUAACACCUGUGUAUGCAAGAAUAGGAAGUGGGAAUGUACCAAAGAUCAAUGUCUGGGUACUUGUGCUGUUUAUGGAGAUGGUCAUUAUAAUACCUUUGAUGACAAAAGGUUCAGCUUCAAUGGAAACUGUGAAUACACUCUAGUCCAGGACCACUGUGGGACCAAUGGGACCUUCAGGGUUGUCACGGAAAAUAUUCCCUGUGGCAACACUGGGACAACCUGCUCAAAAUCUAUCAAAGUUUUCUUAGAGGGCUAUGAACUGAUACUUGGUGAAGAGCAUUUCAGUGUCAUAAAGAGAGGACAAAAUGAUAAGGUGCCAUACACAGUCCGCUAUAUGGGUAUGUACUUGGUAAUUGAAACCAUGAGUGGACUGAUCCUUCUGUGGGACAAGAAAACCAGCAUCUUCAUCAAGCUCAGCCCUGACUUUAAGGGCCAGGUCUGUGGCCUCUGUGGAAAUUAUGAUGGCAAUGGCGUCAAUGACUUCACUACAAGGAGUCAGUCUAUGGUAGAGAACGUCCUAGAGUUUGGAAACAGCUGGAAAGAAUCUCCUACAUGUCCUGAUGCUUUCAGCAUAAAGGACCCAUGUUCUACCAACCCAUAUCGGAAGUCCUGGUCAGAGAAGCAGUGUAGUAUCAUCAACAGUGAUGUCUUUGCUGCUUGUCACUCUCAGGUUGAACCAGCAAAAUAUUACCAAGCAUGUGUGACAGAUGCUUGCGCAUGUGACACUGGAGGAGACUGUGAUUGCUUUUGUACAGCAGUAGCUGCCUAUGCUCAAGCAUGCAGUGAAGUUGGUGUCUGCAUAGCCUGGAGAACUCCAUCAAUCUGUCCACUGUUCUGUGAUUACUACAAUCAACAAGGGGAAUGUGAAUGGCACUAUAAGCCUUGUGGAGCCACCUGUAUGAAGACCUGUAGAAACCCAAGUGGAAAAUGCCUCCAUAACUUGCCAGGUUUAGAAGGCUGCUACCCUAACUGUCCACCAGACAAGCCAUAUUUUCAUGAGGAUCAGAUGAAGUGUGUUAGUCUUUGUGACUGUUAUGAUGAUGAAGAAGGAAAGAUAUAUAGACGGGAUGAAUGUAAAUUAUGUGAAUGCACAUCAGAAGGCUUGCAGUGCCAGUUUGAUGAUAAAGCAUGCAACUGCAUUUAUGAAGGGAACAGCUAUAAAUACGGUGAACUCAUCUACAACACCACAGAUGGAAAUGGAUGGUGUUUCAGUGCAACAUGUGACAUCAAUGGGACAAUAAGCAGAAAUAUCUUCAAAUGUGGCAUCGUAACACCAACAACCCCAUUUGUAUUUUCCACAAGUCAGCCCACAACUACUGCUUCAGAAAUCACAACUGUAACACCAGUGACAACAGCAUGUGUGAAGAAUAUGUGUACAUGGUCUGAAUGGUAUGAUUCCACACAGCCUGAAAACCAAGAGGACAGUGGAGAUCAUGAAACAUUUGACAAUCUAAGAUAUAAAGGACACAGACUGUGUGAGGACCCAAAAAGUAUUGAAUGCAGAGCCAAAGAACAUCCAGAUACAGAUAUAAGGAAUCUUAAUCAAACAGUAGAAUGUAAUAUAAGAGAAGGCUUAAUAUGCAACAACAAAGAUCAAGAAACUAAGAAUUGCUAUAAUUACGAAAUCAGAAUAUUAUGCUGCAGCUACAUACCAUGUUAUGAGACACAACCCACCACACCAGGAACCACAAAAGAAUUCACAACAAAUACUGCUGCAACAUCAACAGCAUUUACAUUACAAACAAAUAUCAAACCAACAACAGAAAACCAUGAAAGACAACCUCAAAAAUCUGAAGCAACUACAAUCCCACCAGAGGACAGAGAACGAACAACACCUCUGAGAGAAACAGCAGCUACAUCAACGACAACAAAAGAAACAACAGCACAACGCACCACCUCCAUCACACCCACAACUACAGUGCCCACCCCAGCCAGUACCACUACCAGCACCUCCGUCUCCACCAAAGAAAGCACCACAGUGUCCACAACCACACCUGCUCCAGCAGAAACCUCCACUGUGGCCACGCAGCCUCCAACAUCACCCUCCACCACCUCCACCGGACCUAAAAUAGGAACCACCACUGGCACCACGGUUCCACCCACUACCACUGCCCCACCAACAGAAGGCACAACCACCGCCGGUCCCACCAGCAGCGCCAGCACCACCAACACCUCUCCUCCUCCAAGACAACGCACCACCUCCAUCACACCCACAACUACAGUGCCCACGCCAGCCAGUACCACUACCAGCACCUCCGUCUCCACCAAAGAAAGCACCACAGUGUCCACAACUACACCUGCUCAAGGAGAAACCUCCACUGUGGCCACGCAGCCUCCAACAUCACUCUCCACCACCUCCACCGGACCUAAAAUAGGAACCACCACUGGCACCACGGUUCCACCCACUACCACUGCCCCACCAACAGAAGGCACAACCACCGCCGGUCCCACCAGCAGUGCCAGCACCACCAACACCUCUCCUCCUCCAAGACAACGCACCACCUCCAUCACAACCACAACCACAGUGCCCACGCCAGCCAGUACCACUACCAGCACCUCCGUCUCCACCAAAGAAAGCACCACAGUGUCCACAACCACACCUGCUCCAGCAGAAACCUCCACUGUGGCCACGCAGCCUCCAACAUCACCCUCCACCACCUCCACCAGACCUAAAAUAGGAACCACCACUGGCACCACGGUUGCCCCCACUACCACUGCCACAGCAGCAGAAGGCACAACCACCGCCGGUCCCAUCAGCAGUGCCAGCACCACCAACACCUCUCCUCCUCCAAGACAACGCACCACCUCCAUCACACCCACAACCACAGUGCCCACCCCAGCCAGUACCACUACCAGCACCUCCGUCUCCACCAAAGAAAGCACCACAGUGUCCACAACCACACCUGCUCCAGCAGAAACCUCCACUGUGGCCACACAGCCUCCAACAUCACCCUCCACCACCUCCACCGGACCUAAAAUAGGAACCACCACUGGCACCACGGUUCCACCCACUACCACUGCCCCACCAACAGAAGGCACAACCACCGCCGGUCCCACCAGCAGCGCCAGCACCACCAACACCUCUCCCCCUCCAAGACAACGCACGACCACCUUCACACCCGCAACAACAGUGCCCAUCCCAGCCACUACCCCUACGAGCACUUUUAAAACAACAGACAGAUGCCAGCCACAGUGUGCCUGGACUCAGUGGUUUGACUUAGAUUCCCCAAGACCGGGUAGCGAAAAUGGUGAUGCAGAAAAUGUCGAAAAAAUACAAGCUGCUGGGUAUGACGUUUGCAGCAAGCCAGAAGACAUCAGGUGCCGUGCAAAAGAUUAUCCUGACUGGAGUCUGGACACACUAGAACAGGUAUUUCAGUGCAGCCUUGACAGUGGGCUUCUGUGCAGAAAUAAGGAUCAGAUUAAAAAAUAUCCCAUGUGCUUUGACUAUGAGAUCCAAGUGCUGUGCUGUGACCGUAAACACUGUGAGACAACAUCAGCAACACCAGGAGGCACUGCAGCAUCCACCACCAAAGCGUCUCCAUCAGAAACCACCAACGUACAAACACAAACACCUGCACAACAAACUACUACCACCUCCACCGGACCUAAAAUAGGAACCACCACUGGCACCACGGUUGCCCCCACUCCCACUGCCCCACCAACAGAAGGCACAACCACCGCCGGUCCCACCAGCAGCGCCAGCACCACCAACACCUCUCCUCCUCCAAGACAACGCACCACCUCCAUCACACCCACAACUACAGUGCCCACGCCAGCCAGUACCACUACCAGCACCUCCGUCUCCACCAAAGAAAGCACCACAGUGUCCACAACCACACCUGCUCCAGCAGAAACCUCCACUGUGGCCACACAGCCUCCAACAUCACCCUCCACCACCUCCACCGGACCUAAAAUAGGAACCACCACUGGCACCACGGUUGCCCCCACUACCACUGCCCCACCAACAGAAGGCACAACCACCGCCGGUCCCACCAGCAGCGCCAGCACCACCAACACCUCUCCUCCUCCAAGACAACGCACCACCUCCAUCACACCCACAACCACAGUGCCCACCCCAGCCAGUACCACUACCAGCACCUCCGUCUCCACCAAAGAAAGCACCACAGUGUCCACAACCACACCUGCUCCAGCAGGAACCUCCACUGUGGCCACACAUCCUCCAACAUCACCCUCCACCACCUCCACCGGACCUAAAAUAGGAACCACCACUGGCACCACGGUUGCCCCCACUCCCACUGCCCCACCAACAGAAGGCACAACCACCGCCGGUCCCACCAGCAGCGCCAGCACCACCAACACCUCUCCUCCUCCAAGACAACGCACCACCUCCAUCACACCCACAACUACAGUGCCCACGCCAGCCAGUACCACUACCAGCACCUCCGUCUCCACCAAAGAAAGCACCACAGUGUCCACAACUACACCUGCUCAAGGAGAAACCUCCACUGUGGCCACGCAGCCUCCAACAUCACUCUCCACCACCUCCACCGGACCUAAAAUAGGAACCACCACUGGCACCACGGUUCCACCCACUACCACUGCCCCACCAACAGAAGGCACAACCACCGCUGGUCCCAUCAGCAGUGCCAGCACCACCAACACCUCUCCUCCUCCAAGACAACGCACCACCUCCAUCACAACCACAACCACAGUGCCCACGCCAGCCAGUACCACUACCAGCACCUCCGUCUCCACCAAAGAAAGCACCACAGUGUCCACAACCACACCUGCUCCAGCAGAAACCUCCACUGUGGCCACGCAGCCUCCAACAUCACCCUCCACCACCUCCACCGGACCUAAAAUAGGAACCACCACUGGCACCACGGUUGCCCCCACUACCACUGCCACAGCAGCAGAAGGCACAACCACCGCCGGUCCCAUCAGCAGUGCCAGCACCACCAACACCUCUCCUCCUCCAAGACAACGCACCACCUCCAUCACACCCACAACCACAGUGCCCACCCCAGCCAGUACCACUACCAGCACCUCCGUCUCCACCAAAGAAAGCACCACAGUGUCCACAACCACACCUGCUCCAGCAGAAACCUCCACUGUGGCCACACAGCCUCCAACAUCACCCUCCACCACCUCCACCGGACCUAAAAUAGGAACCACCACUGGCACCACGGUUCCACCCACUACCACUGCCCCAUCAACAGAAGGCACAACCACCGCCGGUCCCACCAGCAGCGCCAGCACCACCAACACCUCUCCCCCUCCAAGACAACGCACGACCACCUUCACACCCGCAACAACAGUGCCCAUCCCAGCCACUACCCCUACGAGCACUUUUAAAACAACAGACAGAUGCCAGCCACAGUGUGCCUGGACUCAGUGGUUUGACUUAGAUUCCCCAAGACCGGGUAGCGAAAAUGGUGAUGCAGAAAAUGUCGAAAAAAUACAAGCUGCUGGGUAUGACGUUUGCAGCAAGCCAGAAGACAUCAGGUGCCGUGCAAAAGAUUAUCCUGACUGGAGUCUGGACACACUAGAACAGGUAUUUCAGUGCAGCCUUGACAGUGGGCUUCUGUGCAGAAAUAAGGAUCAGAUUAAAAAAUAUCCCAUGUGCUUUGACUAUGAGAUCCAAGUGCUGUGCUGUGACCGUAAACACUGUGAGACAACAUCAGCAACACCAGGAGGCACUGCAGCAUCCACCACCAAAGCGUCUCCAUCAGAAACCACCAACGUACAAACACAAACACCUGCACAACAAACUACUACCACCUCCACCGGACCUAAAAUAGGAACCACCACUGGCACCACGGUUGCCCCCACUCCCACUGCCCCACCAACAGAAGGCACAACCACCGCCGGUCCCACCAGCAGCGCCAGCACCACCAACACCUCUCCUCCUCCAAGACAACGCACCACCUCCAUCACACCCACAACUACAGUGCCCACCCCAGCCAGUACCACUACCAGCACCUCCGUCUCCACCAAAGAAAGCACAACAGUGUCCACAACCACACCUGCUCCAGCAGAAACCUCCACUGUGGCCACACAGCCUCCAACAUCACCCUCCACCACCUCCACCGGACCUAAAAUAGGAACCACCACUGGCACCACGGUUCCACCCACUACCACUGCCCCACCAACAGAAGGCACAACCACCGCCGGUCCCACCAGCAGCGCCAGCACCACCAACACCUCUCCUCCUCCAAGACAACGCACCACCUCCAUCACACCCACAACUACAGUGCCCACCCCAGCCAGUACCACUACCAGCACCUCCGUCUCCACCAAAGAAAGCACCACAGUGUCCACAACCACACCUGCUCAAGGAGAAACCUCCACUGUGGCCACGCAGCCUCCAACAUCACCCUCCACCACCUCCACCGGACCUAAAAUAGGAACCACCACUGGCACCACGGUUGCCCCCACUACCACUGCCCCACCAACAGAAGGCACAACCACCGCCGGUCCCACCAGCAGCGCCAGCACCACCAACACCUCUCCUCCUCCAAGACAACGCACCACCUCCAUCACACCCACAACCACAGUGCCCACCCCAGCCAGUACCACUACCAGCACCUCCGUCUCCACCAAAGAAAGCACCACAGUGUCCACAACCACACCUGCUCCAGCAGGAACCUCCACUGUGGCCACACAUCCUCCAACAUCACCCUCCACCACCUCCACCGGACCUAAAAUAGGAACCACCACUGGCACCACGGUUGCCCCCACUACCACUGCCCCACCAACAGAAGGCACAACCACCGCCGGUCCCACCAGCAGCGCCAGCACCACCAACACCUCUCCUCCUCCAAGACAACGCACCACCUCCAUCACACCCACAACUACAGUGCCCACGCCAGCCAGUACCACUACCAGCACCUCCGUCUCCACCAAAGAAAGCACCACAGUGUCCACAACCACACCUGCUCCAGCAGAAACCUCCACUGUGGCCACACAGCCUCCAACAUCACCCUCCACCACCUCCACCGGACCUAAAAUAGGAACCACCACUGGCACCACGGUUGCCCCCACUACCACUGCCCCACCAACAGAAGGCACAACCACCGCCGGUCCCACCAGCAGCGCCAGCACCACCAACACCUCUCCUCCUCCAAGACAACGCACCACCUCCAUCACACCCACAACCACAGUGCCCACCCCAGCCAGUACCACUACCAGCACCUCCGUCUCCACCAAAGAAAGCACCACAGUGUCCACAACCACACCUGCUCAAGGAGAAACCUCCACUGUGGCCACGCAGCCUCCAACAUCACCCACCACCACCUCCACCGGACCUAAAAUAGGAACCACCACUGGCACCACGGUUGCCCCCACUACCACUGCCCCACCAACAGAAGGCACAACCACCGCCGGUCCCACCAGCAGCGCCAGCACCACCAACACCUCUCCUCCUCCAAGACAACGCACCACCUCCAUCACACCCACAACUACAGUGCCCACCCCAGCCAGUACCACUACCAGCACCUCCGUCUCCACCAAAGAAAGCACAACAGUGUCCACAACCACACCUGCUCCAGCAGAAACCUCCACUGUGGCCACGCAGCCUCCAACAUCACCCUCCACCACCUCCACCGGACCUAAAAUAGGAACCACCACUGGCACCACGGUUGCCCCCACUACCACUGCCCCACCAACAGAAGGCACAACCACCGCCGGUCCCACCAGCAGCGCCAGCACCACCAACACCUCUCCUCCUCCAAGACAACGCACCACCUCCAUCACAACCACAACCACAGUGCCCACCCCAGCCAGUACCACUACCAGCACCUCCGUCUCCACCAAAGAAAGCACCACAGUGUCCACAACCACACCUGUUCCAGCAGAAACCUCCACUGUGGCCACGCAGCCUCCAACAUCACCCUCCACCACCUCCACCGGACCUAAAAUAGGAACCACCACUGGCACCACGGUUGCCCCCACUACCACUGCCACAGCAGCAGAAGGCACAACCACCGCCGGUCCCAUCAGCAGUGCCAGCACCACCAACACCUCUCCUCCUCCAAGACAACGCACCACCUCCAUCACACCCACAACCACAGUGCCCACCCCAGCCAGUACCACUACCAGCACCUCCGUCUCCACCAAAGAAAGCACCACAGUGUCCACAACCACACCUGCUCCAGCAGAAACCUCCACUGUGGCCACACAGCCUCCAACAUCACCCUCCACCACCUCCACCGGACCUAAAAUAGGAACCACCACUGGCACCACGGUUCCACCCACUACCACUGCCCCAUCAACAGAAGGCACAACCACCGCCGGUCCCACCAGCAGCGCCAGCACCACCAACACCUCUCCCCCUCCAAGACAACGCACGACCACCUUCACACCCGCAACAACAAUUCCCCAAGACCGGGGUAGCGAAAAUGGUGAUGCAGAAAAUGUCGAAAAAAUACAAGCUGCUGGGUAUGACGUUUGCAGCAAGCCAGAAGACAUCAGGUGCCGUGCAAAAGAUUAUCCUGACUGGAGUCUGGACACACUAGAACAGGUAUUUCAGUGCAGCCUUGACAGUGGGCUUCUGUGCAGAAAUAAGGAUCAGAUUAAAAAAUAUCCCAUGUGCUUUGACUAUGAGAUCCAAGUGCUGUGCUGUGACCGUAAACACUGUGAGACAGCAUCAGCAACACCAGGAGGCACUGCAGCAUCCACCACCAAAGCGUCUCCAUCAGAAACCACCAACGUACAAACACAAACACCUGCACAACAAACUACUACCACCUCCACCGGACCUAAAAUAGGAACCACCACUGGCACCACGGUUGCCCCCACUACCACUGCCCCACCAACAGAAGGCACAACCACCGCCGGUCCCACCAGCAGCGCCAGCACCACCAACACCUCUCCUCCUCCAAGACAACGCACCACCUCCAUCACACCCACAACUACAGUGCCCACCCCAGCCAGUACCACUACCAGCACCUCCGUCUCCACCAAAGAAAGCACCACAGUGUCCACAACCACACCUGCUCAAGGAGAAACCUCCACUGUGGCCACGCAGCCUCCAACAUCACCCUCCACCACCUCCACUGGACCUAAAAUAAGAACCACUACUGGCACCACAGUUGCCCCCACUACCACUGCCCCACCAACAGAAGGCACUACCACCAGCAGCUCCGUAGCUACAACGGGUACCUCACAAGCAAGUCAUAUUACAGCAAGCACUUCUGUAGUCUUCAGUUCUACCCCCAGUGUACCUGGCACAACAGAAACGCGUGCAGAUGUUACAUCAAGCAGAACAACUCCAUGUUUUUGUCACGUGUUUGGUAAUUUUUUCUCUCCCGGGGAAGUGGUAUACAACAGAACAGAUAAGGCUGGCUGUAAUUUUUAUGCACUUUGCAGUGAGGAAUGUGAAAUUGACCCAUUCCAGGGGCCAUGUCCUUCAACAACUCCUUCCACUACAGUCACCUCAGAAACUACAACACAAGUUGCCUCAUCCACAGAACGUGUAUUUUCCUCUGUCUCACCAACCACAGCAACAUCCCUCACACGUUCAGUGGAAAGAAACUGUACUGAUGUCAAUCCUCCACGAAAGCCUGGAGAGAAGUGGAUAAGUGAAUGCCAGAAUUGUGUUUGUGACCCUCUCACUGGUACCGCACAAUGCCAGCCACUUGUUGGAAUGUCAACAGUAAUCGAUUCAUGUAAGACAUGUACCUGCAGCUCUGAGAAAGAUCCAGUGACUAAGGCAAAUAUUGUGCAUUGUGAAGCAGUUCAAUGUGAAACAUCUUGCCCACUGGGUCAUCAAUAUAUGACUGAGGAGGGAGAGUGCUGUGGGAAGUGUAUUGAAGUAGCUUGCAAAAUCAAACUAAGUAACAACACCAUUCAUGUGCUCAAUGUUGAUGAGAUCCUGCCACUCGAUAAUUGCAGCUAUUACAAAUGUGAAAAAAUUGAAGAUCAAUUUGUUGCCGUCCAAACUAAAAAAGUAUGCCCUGUGUACGAACCCGGAGAGUGUGAUCCUGUAAGUUUCAAUCAAUUUUUCAUUGAUUGA